GCGAGCGAGCUGCCAACCUGCGUCUGCAAGGCCGUGCUGCUGCUGCACAUCAAACACUGAUGAGACCAACACAAGACACACUGGAACACUCUCCACCUCCACCAGCUGCUGCACGGACUGUUUUAUCCCGGCCCUGCAGGUGUGAACGACCGGAAGUAGUUUGGAUUGUGGCAGCAGACGAUUCAAGAAGAAGAAGAAGGAGCAGGUGCGCUGCCUGCCGGGAUUUUCUCUCCAAGGCAUUUAUCUCAGAAGGUUACACACUUGGGGGGAGGCUGUUGUUUGCUGUCACUUCCGGGGGAGCCGUCCGUGAAUUAGCAGAGCACAUCACCGGUGAGGAGGAAGAGGAGAAGUUCAUCAGCAUCGAUGCUCCGUGCAGGAAGGAUGGAGGAGUUUGUGACGGAGGAAGAGGAGCCGUGGUACGACCAGCGGGACCUGGAGCAAGACCUGCACUUGGCAGCCGAACUCGGCAAGACCCUCCUGGAACGCAACAAGGAGCUGGAGGACUCCCUACAACAGAUGUACAUCAACAAUGAGGAGCAAGUGCAAGAGAUAGAGCACCUCUCCAAGCAGCUGGAUAUGUUGAGGGAGAUGAACGAGCAGCAUGCAAAGGUGUACGAACAGCUGGAUGUGACUGCCAGAGAGCUGGAGAUCACCAACGAGAAACUGGUGCUGGAGAGCAAGGCCUCGCAGCAGAAAAUAGACAGGUUGGAGGGCACCAUGGAGACCUUGCAGAGUCAGGUUGACAGCCUUACAACUCGGGUGGAGGAGCUAAGAACUCUGGAGGAGCUGAGGGUCCGUAGAGAGAAGAAGGAACGCCGCAAGACUGUGCACUCCUUCCCCUGCCUCAAAGAACUCUGCACCGCACCAAGGUAUGAAGAUGGUUUCCUUUUGGCCAACCCAGGCAGUGUGGACCUGGCUGAACGACGUCCAGUAGAUGAGGAGAAUGAGCGCCUGAGAGACAUCGUGUCUUCCCUGCGCACAGCUGUGGCCACAGAGCGCUCUCAGAGGGAGGGCGCUGAGCGGGAGUGUGCUGCUGUGCUGCAGGAGUUUGAGCGUCUGGAACAGCGUCUUUUAGGAGCUGAGGGCUGCCAGCUGCGGGUCCAGGAGCUGGAGGCUGAGCUCCAGGAGAUGCAGCAGCUCAGGAAGUCCAGGGUGUGUCUGAUCGGGGGUAUGGAGGACGGCUUGGAGACGCUGCUUAGCAACGGCCCUGAGACAGACACCCCAGAGGAGAGCGUGGCGCUGGAGGAGGGAGGUGACGGAGGUGAGGCAGGAGGACCAGGGCAGCAGGGAGGCCCAGUGAGGAAGAGCUGCAGCGACACAGCUCUGAACGCCAUCUCAGCCCGUGACGCCUCAGGUAGGCGCCAGGGCAGCUACGCCCUCCAUGCUAAUGGUGUGCGCAAACGUGGCAUGUCCAUCCUGCGGGAGGUGGACGAGCAGUACCACGCCCUGCUGGAGAAGUAUGAGGAGCUGCUGGGGAAGUGCCGGCGUCAUGAGGAGAGCCUGUGCCAUGCUGAGGUGCAGACCUCGCGACCUGUCUCCAGGGACCCCUCCAUGAAGGAGUACAGCAUGAUCUCUGCGGGACCUUCGACAUCAGGGGCCGUCGCCACCCCUCCCACACCCCCUCAAACUCCCUCCACCCCAGAGGCACUGGAGGGGAUCAGCAGGCAGGUAGAGCAGGUGGACAAACGGCUCAGCCAGAACACGCCGGAGUACAAAGCCCUGUUCAAAGAGAUCUUCUCCCGCUUACAGAAGACCAAGAGUGACAUGAACUCCACCAAGAGCAGGAAGGGUCACAAAUGAGCUGGAGCUGCUGAAAACAGUGACUGCACAUGAUUUAAUUUACCUCACUGUUGUGAAGGCUUCUCGUCCUACAUUUCACCACUCCUGACUUGCGGGUGGAUGCCUGUAGUCAUGGCGUUGGUUGAUUAAUGAUGCAUAUUGUUAGCGGUGGAGGCUGAUUAAUCUGAAACUGCCAAAUGUUAUAUCUCCCUACAUGGAUGGAAGAUCGUUGAUGUGGAUGAAAUGCCUUUUUCUGAGUGACCAUACCCGACAGAUAAUCAGAACAGAGAGUUUGUUUCUGUCUUAGGACAGUGUAGUGUGUGAUGUAGUAUUUGUAAUUGAGAUGUGCUACUGCAGAAAUGAUUUAACUAUUAUUUUUUAUUCAUAGAAAGCAACAAUUAAGCCAAAUAAUACUUAAAAAAGAGAAAAAAGAACAGCCAUUGGCUUUGAAACUACUUACAGCAUUUGAAGCAUGCAUCUGUCUAAUAAACACUAAGUGCUAAAUAAGUCUUAAAAAGCAGGUUUAAACUAAAAUCACACGAGCUUUUAAACCAGCUUGAAGUUGCUUGAAGAUGCAGCAGAGUGAUAUUUAACUGUGUUCUGAAUUUGUUGGAAGGCCAAAUCCUUCAGGACAGCUGCCAAAGUGUACUGUGUUACGUGUUUGAGGACAAUUUGUUUACUUAAAUGGUUUAUUAUGUCAUGUGACGGAGAUGAUGCCUGAACAGGUGGAGAUGCCUCUGUGGUGCUUUUACAGCAUGCAUUACAAGCUGCAUGGGAAUGAUCGCUGUGUCGGGGAUGCGUUUGAUCAUUUCAGACAUUACAACAUCAUCAGUUCUACGUGUUACCAUUUCAUUGUCAACGUUGUUCUUGUUGAAGGCCAUUUAAAGGUUUUCUGUUGAUUAAAAUAAGAAGUGUA